ACACCCCCCGAUUGCCAUCAUCAUCGCCUCCCCCCCAAAAAAAAUAUCAUAGCCGAUUUACCGAUCAGUAUAAAAUAAAAUCUACACCCGAUUAUCUCUCUUCGUCCACCUAGAAAUUUGCCACCACGACGUUCUACUUAUUUCUCUCGAAUAUAAAAACCAUGGCCAACCCCGGCAAUGUGGCUGGCGGCCUUAAAGCUACCUUGAACAACCCGCAUGUCUCGGACGAAGCUAAGGAACACGCCGAGCAUCGAUUGGAUACCGAAGGCUUCAAGUCUGGGUCUGCCCAAGAGACGGUUCAUGUUAAGGACCCCGACAAUGUCAAACGAGGCAUGAAAGCUGCUCUCCAUAACCCCAACGUUUCCGAGGGAAAGAAGGAAGAAUUACGCCACAAACUCGAUGAGCAAUUCUGAGCACAUGUUCUAAAUCAGUAACCAUGGAACAAUAGAAGCAAAUUUAUAACCCCCUGUCAACUUUAACCCUCAUCGAUUAUGAUUUCUUUUGUUGUCAAAACUCUUUCUUCGUUGUGCAUGUGCGUAAUUAAAGACCGCAUCCAGUAAGAUGAUUUUAGUUUCACCGUUCGAAAGUU